AUGGGCUAUACGCACUAUUACCAGGUCAAAGAUUGGGACAGCCCAGUCUGGCAAGCCAUCUGGCCUCAGCUGAUUCAAGAUGCCCUGCUCAUCAUAGAAGCAUCGGACGUGUUCCUGACCGGGCCGGCAAAGUCUACUGAUAUCAUCACCUCGCCGAUCACGAGCGUAGACGAAGGCAUUCUUUUCAACGGGGUGGGAAUUUACGGCCACGAAACUUUCCAUUUUUGCCGUGAGGACCAAAACCAAAGACAGUUCAUGAAAACAGAAGAAAAGCCAUACGACCUUCCUGUCGCUUGCAUACUUUUGAGGGCUUCCAUCCUUUGCCCACAAGGCAUCAAAGUCCGUUCUGAUGGGAAAUGGGAUGGGCUUCUAUGGAAAGCUAUCCGCAAUCUUCAUGAGACUCUAUGGCCUGAUGACUGUUUGCAGUGCCCUUGGCAGAAUUACGACGAAGAUGACUUCUGGGAGAAUCAACAACCACGAGAGAGUAUUGGGUUGCUCGCACAAAGAUCAACAACGAAAUCGGGCGCCACGCGUAUCAAUGAGAAGGAGCAACAGAGUACGCAGCAAGACCCUUCAAAAACUAGGGAGGAUAGUAAACCUUUCUUCGCUUCGAGAGCUGAGUACGCGAUUACAGCAGCCCAGUUGAAACCCAUCAUCGGCUGGCUACGAGACUGCGAGGAGCGUCCUGAUCACAAUCGUUGCAUCGCAAACCCAUUACGAUGGCAUAAUCUCCCUGGCAUCUGCUUUCGACUCAUUGACAUUCACAAGAGAAGCAUUGUCGUCGCCCCUGAAGGGUGCUCCUUUGCCAUACUAACAUACGUCUGGGGUGGUGUCGAACAGCCCAGACUGGAACAAGCAAACUUUGAUGAAUACUCGCGCGACUAUGGGCUAGAAUCUAUCUGGUGGAAGAUACCAACGACAAUAAGACACGCUAUACUCGUUUGCGAAGUUGUUGGGGAAAGAUAUCUUUGGGUUGACGCGCUCUGCAUAGUACAGGAUUCUCCCCGCGAUGUCAAAGUCCAGAUAUUGCGAAUGCGCGAGAUCUACUCCGCCGCCAGGUUUACCAUUGCAGCAGUCUCAGCGGAGAACGCCGGAGAAGGACUGCAAGCGGCUACCAUCGCAAAACUUGCUACUACGUGUGACUCGGCCGAUGAGCUGGAUGAUGUCUUGGUACGUUCGCCUUGGGGAAGCCGGGGCUGGUGUUACCAAGAGAAAGUACUCUCACACCGGGCUGUUCUCUUCACGUCAGCUGGGGUGUUUCUGCAGUGCCAAGAAACAACGAUCAAGCUAGACGGUACUCGUCUUGCCGACUCCACGGCAAACACGGCUCUCGACAAGUCGCAGAAGGUAGGAGGCCUGUUGGGUAUCCGUCCAGGAGAAGAGUUGGAAACCUUCUUGUGUGCUGCAGAGCACUACUCGAAACUCGCUUUCACAAAAGGCGAAGAUAGAAUUUCAGCCUUCCAAGGCGUCCUCCAGAAGUUCAACGCAAGCCUUGACGGGGAAGACUCCACGUUUCAUUAUGGCUUGCCAACAUGCGCCUUCGACCAGGCCAUUUGUUGGCGGACAGCAGAUCAUCACCCGCAAGUACGGAACUCAAAUUUUCCCAGCUGGUCAUGGCUCGGAUGGGACAACAGUGUCACAUUUGACAGGACUAUACUGAGACCCGCCCACACGCGCCAAAUGAUUGGAGAUGAGCGAGGUGAAAUCGUGGUGGUAGGUCGCGGUAUUGAAUUACAAUACCCUAGCCAUCGCUAUCGCAAGCCAGCUGCUCUUUCAUUUGUCCCGCACGCAGACGAUGGCAUCUUCGGAUUUCCUUCCAGCGUAGUAUCAGGGUUCUUCAAUAGGCCCUCUCUCGAUUUGGUGGCAAGCAUCACAGAUCUUCGCAUCUCAUCAACACCUAGGAAAAUUGAGAACUCGAAUGGGCUUUAUGCUGUAUACCCAGCCAUCUGCAACAACUUGCCGCUCUCUUCACUUCCUCCUUACGGAAUGUACACGGGUGAUACCCCUCCACGACACGGUGGCCAAACUUUGAGGACCUACGAUGUCGAAGACCACGAGAACCACGGAGCCUGCGACGCAAAGGAUCCUAUUGGUUUCAUUUGGCUAGACUGUGCCUGGAGAGAUAGCCGUCCCAAGGCCGUGUACAUGGAGUUUAUGGCCCUCAACGGUCAUCCAAGCGCAGAGGAUUCUAAUGGCUGGUAUAUCACGAUGCUAAUGUGCCUCCUCAAGCCUGAUCCCUGCAAGUACUAUUCCUAUGAACGGCUUCAAGUCAUGGACUGCUGUAUUGCAGAGGCAACUUGGAUGAGAAUUGGAGCAGUGACAAAGUUGCCUUCUAUCGCUUGA